CUGGGGGAUCCACUCGUCUUCCUUCAGGGAACGGACGAGAGCCAUGGCCAUGUUCUCAGCUCUGGGCUUUCUUCUUCUCUGCCAGCUUUUGGCAUCAUCCCUCGCUCAGCCACAAUUACCGCCACCUGAUUCUCGUGGGCCACCAGGACCACCAGGACUCCCGGGCAAAGAUGGCACCGAUGGAAAACCAGGACCGGCCGGACUUCCUGGUAAACCUGGACCUAAAGGGAAAGCUGGAAUUCCAGGAAUCGCAGGAACACCUGGACUUUCUGGACUUCCUGGAAUAGACGGUCUACCGGGUCCUGAUGGGCCUCAGGGGAAGGACGGACCUCCAGGACCAAGGGGCGACGCAGGACCUCCUGGACCACCUGGACCUCCUGGCAGAGGGAGACCUGGAGCUCCUGGGCUGCCUGGAGCUAAUGGACUGCCUGGUGGUGUAGGACCUCAGGGACCUCCAGGACCAGAAGGACUUCCAGGACUUCCAGGUCUUCCAGGUCCAGAUGGGCCACCUGGUUUACCUGGAGCGCUUCCCGAGGGAAAUGGUGAUGCACUGUGUCCUGCUAUCUGUCCACCAGGACCCCCGGGGCCUCCUGGAAUGCCCGGUUUCAAGGGACACACAGGACACAAAGGAGACAAAGGAGAGCCAGGGAAAGAUGGAGAGAAGGGUGAACAAGGGCCACCUGGGCCUUCUGGAAUCCCAGGAACUGUUGGUCUACAGGGACCUCGAGGUUUGAGAGGACUUACAGGUCCAGUGGGAGUCGUCGGAGACAGAGGUUUGCCAGGUUUCCGGGGCAAGCCCGGUAUUCCUGGUGUCGUCGGAAAAACAGGUGACGCCGGAGAGAAAGGACCCGUGGGUUUUAAAGGACCUAAGGGAGAAAUUGGUAAAAUAGGCCCUAAAGGUCUGCCUGGACAUCUGGGCCCUAAAGGAGAACCUGGGAUGCCAGGCAGAGAUGGUAAAGAUGGCGCUCAGGGAUACGACGGUGAAAAAGGUGAUGCAGGGAAGCCGGGAGUUUCAGGAGAGAAAGGACCCAAUGGUUUACCUGGUUUGCCAGGAAAAGCUGGAGUAAAAGGUGCCAGAGGAGUUGUUGGUGAUCAAGGAAAGACGGGAGAAGAAGGACCAGCCGGAGAGCCAGGUAUUCCUGGUGAGAUUGGCAUUCCAGGAGAAAGAGGUGAAGCAGGACCCAGAGGCAUCGCUGGAGGCAUUGGAUUAAUUGGAAAUCCUGGACCUCAGGGAGUCAAAGGAUUCCAGGGAAUUAAAGGUGCUCUUGGAGAUCCUGGUCUUCCGGGUCCAACUGGACUGAGAGGGGACUUUGGAGACCGAGGACCAACAGGGGCUUCAGGACCGAAAGGCGAGAUUGGAAUGGCUGGAAGUGACGGCUUGCCUGGAGAGAACGGAGAAGCAGGUCCAUUCGGUCCACCUGGCCAAAAAGGAGAACCUGGGAAGACUGGUGAGCUGGGUCCUAAAGGAGUAACAGGACCACAGGGAGAGACCGGACCAAGAGGGCUACCUGGGAAACCUGGUCAGAUGGGUUUCCAUGGAGAACCGGGUCCUCCUGGUGUCGCUGGAAAGACUGGUGUUCCUGGAAAACUGGCAAGUGAACAGCAUAUCAGAGAACUCUGUGGUGGCAUGAUUGAUGACCAGAUUGCUCAGCUGGCUGCUCACCUGAGGAGACCAUUAUCUCCAGGAGCUGUGGGUCGACCGGGUCCGGCCGGACCUCCUGGACAACAAGGAGAACCAGGAUCGAUGGGACUUCCUGGAUCUCGCGGUCCCCCAGGAUACAGAGGACUUCCAGGAGAUCUUGGAGACCCUGGUCCUAGAGGUGAUGCCGGUGAACAGGGUGAUAAGGGAACCGUUGGAAAAGCCAUCGAUGGCCCAGUUGGAGACCAAGGAGAACCGGGUCUCCAAGGAGUACACGGCUUUGUUAAAGACGGACGUGAUGGUGCACCUGGAGAUCCAGGUGAGCCUGGGGAACCUGGCAGGGCAGGAAGUACAGGGCAUCAAGGACCCCCGGGAAUCUGCGACACAACAGCGUGUCAGGGCGCGGCGCCUCAUGGGAAAUCAUCCAACCCUAAAAACCAUUAAACACAGACGCCGUCGUCUUUUUAGAAACACACCUGCACCCCAAGGAACGAAGAUCGAGCGAGAUUUUUUUUAAUUAAAAAGAUUUCGGGGAGAAAUGAAAAAUGGUGGUUCAUGUUUGGAGUGUUUUAAAGAACUGCAAACGUUGAAUACGACGAACAGGGAUGAGUGAGAUCGGAGACUUCAAACCAAGACUCAACUGUUGAAAUCUUAAGAGCUUUUGAAGUACAAAUUUGUGUAGAUGUGUAAAAAAAAAAAAGAAAAGAAAAGAAAAGAAAAGAAAAACCCUAAAUUACUGAAAUUGUGAAGUGUGUACACUAAAAAAGUUACUCUUCUCGGUGUCCGAUAGCAUAAAAUCUCUAUGUACAGAAUCCUGUUAUGCAACAACUCUGACUUUCUUGACCGAAAAGGUGAGAAGUUUUGACCAUCGUGGUUCUUUUGGAACGAAAAAAAACAAACGUUCCGUCAAAAUCUGUCAGAGAAACGAGAACGCAUCAGCUCUGAAACCGGUG